GCGCAGCUCCUACUACCGCAGCACGCCCCCGCGAAUCAGCCCCGGCAUCGCCUGCAGCGCCCCUCGUUCGCGCCCUUGUCGACACAUAACCACAUCUCGCACCCGACCAGCGUGCCAUCGCAGCAACAGCUACACCUGGCCCAGCAUGCCGCCUCACGGGGGCCGCUUUCCCGGCCACAACCUGUCCAACCCAUUCGCACAUCUCUCGGGCCCCAUGCCCCAGCAGCAGCAACAGCCAUUGCACCAACACCAGCACCAGCAACAGCAGCAACAGAACAUGCACCCCGGCUUCGGCGGCGGCAACCAGGCCAACAGCCUCAACCUCUUCGGCCAGCACCAGGGCGGCUUCCAGUCGAGCGCGGCGCUAGGCGGCGGCCUGGGAGGAGCCGGCCUGGGAGCAGCAGCAGCCAUUGGCGGGGCAGGCGGCGGAACUGGCCUCGACGGACACGAGGCGCGCAUGCGGUUUGCCCAUGGCGCGCAAAUACAGGAGAAUGCGGCCCGCGGACACGAUGGCGCCAAAGGCAUUGUAGGCCAGCGCAUACGCGAGGUCUGGCGGUCCAACCUGCACCAGGAGAUGGACAUGCUGCGCUCGCUCAUCGACCAAUACCCGUACAUCAGUAUGGACACCGAAUUCCCCGGCGUUGUCGCGCGACCCAUCGGAGACUUCAACUCAAAAGCUUCGUACCACUACCAAACCGUUCGCUGCAAUGUCGACCUGUUGAAGAUCAUCCAGCUCGGCGUCACCCUCUUCAACGUCCAGGGCGAAGUCCCCCCAACACACCUCGAUACCACAAACCUGAACUACAAGCCAAAGUCUCUGCAAAGAUAUGCCAACAAUAUUGUCGCCUGUCCCUGCACAUGGUCCUUCAACUUCCAGUUCUCGCUCGAAGACGACAUGUACAACGAAGAGUCGAUCCAGAUGCUGAAGAAGUCGGGAGCCGACUUUGAAAAACACCGGGAUCAGGGCAUCGACCCGCAAGAGUUUGGAUCACUGCUUACAACGUCGGGCAUGACCUUGUCCGAGGACGUCAACUGGAUAUCCUUUCACUCGGGCUAUGACUUUGCAUACAUGCUGAAGAUGCUGACGUCAAAACCGCUUCCCGAGGACGAGGACACGUACCGCAAGCUCGUCAACGUCUUCUUCCCUAGGCUGCUCGAUGUAAAGUACCUCUGGAGACACGCAAACAACCUCGUUAGGCGCGGCGUCAUUGGCUCGACAGCGACCAACAUACUCAACAAUCUAGGCACAAAGUCUGGACUCCAAGACCUCGCCGAUGAGCUCGGCUGCCAGCGCAUCGGCAACUCACACACGGCCGGCUCGGACGCAUGGCUGACAGGCGUUGUUUUCUGGGAAAUGAAGAAGAAGAUCUUCGACGGCGCCGUUCCCGAGGAAAUGAGUGGCCACAUGUGGGGUCUUACGGGCGUCGGAGCGCCAGCAAGCGCCGCCGCCCAAGCUGCCGUGCUGGCCGCACAGGGAGCAUCACAGGGUCUGAGCGGAUUCCAGCAAGGCGUCAACAACACGUUUUACCCCGGAAACGCACGACACGGCGUCGACGGGCCCAGCACGCCGACCAACCACCCAGCCAGGCUUGCGUCCAACACGCCCGGACCGACGGGCAUGAUGACGCCUGGAGCCUACAACGGAUAUGGCAACAAGUAG